AAAAGAAUAGCAGCCGUUACAGGUGGACGCAUAUUGCACGAGAAAUAGAAUAUUGUCAUCAAUUCACUGCAAUUUGUUUUCGUAUUAUUCGUAGUGAUAGUUAAAAGUGUAUUGUGUUUUAGUGGAUUAAUAAAGGCGAAUAAUGGCCGAUAAUAUCACCGUGUCGAUAAAAGUUCGACCGUUGAUCAAACGGGAAAAGGAUCUCAAACUGUCGUCGCAAUGGCGGAUCCGGCAAAACACGAUCGCUCACAUCGAUGGCAAUGGAGAACCGUUCGUGUUCGAUCACAUCUUCGAUGAAACGAUUCGUACCAGGGCACUGUUCGAAUGUGUCUGUCGACCGAUCAUACGGUCUGCCCUGAGCGGCAUAAAUGGAACGAUUUUCGCAUACGGUCAAACCUCAUCCGGAAAGACCUACACCAUGAUGGGAAAUGAAGAAGAACCGGGAGUGGUUCCGCUAACGGCACAGGAAAUUUUCAAGGAAAUUGAGAACAGCAAAGAUCGACAGUUCCUUAUUCGAGUCGGCUACAUAGAGAUUUAUAAUGAGAAGAUCUUCGAUUUACUGGAUAAGAGUAAUGCUAAUCUGAAGAUUUUCGAAACCGCCUGCGGCGAUGUAACAUUAAAUUACAAAGAAGUAAUCACAAAUUGUCCGGAACAGAUAAUGCAGCAUUUGGAAGAGGGCAAUAAGAUCAAGCGGAUCGGGGAUACGAACAUGAAUGAGCGGUCCAGUCGGUCCCAUACCAUAUUUCGGAUAACGAUCGAAUCCAGUGACGUCGGUAGGACAGAGGGAGAUGAGAAUGAUGCGGUUCAGAUUAGUACGUUGAAUCUGGUAGAUUUGGCGGGAAGCGAAAGGGCUGAUCAGACAGGUGCUACCGGGUCCAGACUGAAAGAAGGGGCUCAUAUUAACAAAAGUCUUCUGUCGCUGAGUUGCGUCAUUCAGAAGCUUAGUGAGAAUGCCGAUAACUUGAAGUAUAUCAACUAUCGUGAUUCGAAACUGACCCGAAUACUGCAGGCAUCGUUGGGAGGAAAUGCAGCUACUUCCAUGAUUUGCAACAUUACACCUGCAGCACUGGAUGAAAGUUAUUAUACGCUAAGUUUUGCAAUGCGUGCUAAAACCAUAAAAAAUAAACCAAUUGUCAACGAGGUGAUCUCGGAAGCAGCUAUGAUGAAACGAUUGCAGCGCGAAAUAAAACGUCUUCAGGACGAAUUGAAGUCAGAGCAAAGUAAAAACAGUAAAAUAAAAACGUUGGAAUUACAAAAUGCCAUCACAAUGCGAGCAAAUCAGAUAAUAAAUUCCCAGACUCAUAUUUACUUUGACAAAUCUCGUCGUCGAACCUGGUGCCCGUCAUCGUCAGGCAUUCCAAGACCUGUAGAUUAUACCGAACACAGAACGAGCGGAGACAGUCGACUGAUGCCACCUCCUCCGCCGUUUCUAUCGUCUGCUACCGCCACCACCACCACCAGCAGCAGAGACGAAAAAUCUCCGGUAGUUCGGCCGGAGUUGGCCCAGCGUGGCAGAUCGGACCUCCUCGUGCGAAAUGUUCGAUCGACAACGCCCGUUCGGCAUUUCAUGGCUGUGGAUACACUCGACAACAGUGACGAGUUCAUUCCGGCAGAGCUAGUCGAUUUCGGUGAACGAUCACCGCAGAGCCUUGCCAGGGAAAUUCAUACCCCCUGUGGAUUCAAGACUAAGCGACGGUCACGGAGAUCAUCCGCCGGGGACUCUCCAGCCAGCUACGUGAACUACGAGGAACGAUGUCGCGAACUUCAACAGGAGCUACUCGAACUGCAAGAGUUUACUAAUUUGGAGAAGAAUCUGGAUCUAGCGAACAUCAAAUGCAGAGAGAAGGGAUUGGAUAGUUUGGAAGAACGAUGCCGAGACCUGGACGAGGAAUUGCGCCAGAAGCGUGAACAAAUUUUCGACAUGGAAAAAGAGUUGAUUGUGGCUCGUAAGGAACGGGAUGUCGCUGUUAAAGAUGCGGAACACUGUCGUAACCUCCAGAACAGUGUUCAGGUCGAGUACGAAUUGUUUCAGCAGCGGGCCAAAAACCGAGAAAAGGAACUGAUAGAGUGUCUACAGGAGGCACGGGUCAGCACUACCGGUGAUAAGGUUGGACAGGCUGACAGUGUCAAAAAGUUAGAACAGACCCGAAAAGAGCUCAAACAGCUCGAAGUGCACAACUACGAGCUACAGUUGCAGUUGGAAACCUGUAGCAUUGAGCUGGAAAAGUUGAAGAAUUUUACACAGGAGCAAACGGAAAAGGUCGGUAAAGUUAGGAAUGUGCUUGAUAAGGACAUUAGCCGGAAGGAUGCACAGAAACUGUUUCGGAUUAUUACGAAACUUAGGGGGAUACUGGCGGAAGAAGACUUGCUUAUAAACACCAGUAUCAAUACGGAUGAAUUGGUGGAUAGCAUAGGAGAUGACAGUUUCAGUGAGAGUUUGGAUCGUCAGUCACCUACUAAAAUUGUGCUAACCAAUGACAGUGGUAAGGCAAAUGUGAUUUACGAUAAUGAUAACUGUCAGAUGUUGGAUAUGAAUAUUGAAAACGGAGAACUGAAGAUGAAAAUCAAAUCACUGGAGAAGGAGAACAAGGAGAUGAACAUCCUUUUGCUGAAAUAUGAAAACGAGCUUAAAGAUUUGAACGAAAAGGAGGUUCAAUUGAAGGAAGUGUCUGAACAAUUGAAGCAGGAGCGAUCCAGAUUCAACAAUUCAACCAGAAGUUUGCAAGAUAAAAAACUAGAACUGGACAAAAUGACGCUUGAAUACAAUGAACUAUCGACUCAGGUGAUGGACUUUGUGCAGGAGAUCGACGGCUACAAAGAUCAAAUUGAUAGAAUAUCGAAAAAUUCCAAGAUUCUCGAAGAAACUGUAAAAGUUCUUCAGUUGGAGAAGGAACAACUUGCGAAGGAAAUGCGUGAGACGGAAAAUGAAAUGAUCGAUUUGAGGUCGAAGCACGAAGAAGAAGUGAAAGAACUUCUCGCGUGUAAGCUGGAGAAUGAGAACCAGAUCAAAAAACUAGAAGAUGAUUUGCAGAUUAGAAAUGAGGAAAGCGAGAAAGAAACCAACGAUCGGUUGUCGAGUGUUCAGAAAGAACUUGAUGAAAAAAUGAAAAUAAUUGAAGAAUUUACAAAGAGUAAAGAAUUGCUUCUCCAACAAGACAAUAAAUACCAAGAAGAUAUGCUGUCGAUUCGGAAUGAUCUUGAGCAGAAGAUAUCCUUAGUUGGAGAACUGGAGCAAGAAAACCAGCGAUUAAUUCAACAAAUGAAUGACAUAAAACAAGAGAAAAUCAACGUAGAAAAUAAAUACGAGGAAAAAGAGAAAGAGACUCUAUCUGUCAUAUCCGAACAAGAAAGCAAAAUUACCAAUCUUAGAAAAGAAGCCGAAAAGCUAUUGGAACAAAUUUCUGCCCUACAAAAAACUGUAUCGGAUAAAGAGAACAAUUUACAACUUGUUUCCAGCAAAUUGGCUAGCUCCAACGAACAAAAUUCGAAUCUGCUAGAGCAACUAUCGCAAAUGCAGCGUGAGAAGAAGUGGCUACCGGAAACCGAGAAUUCUGAAUAUUUAUCGCAUCAUGGAACAGACCUUCAGGCAUCGUUAGCCGAAAUAGCUUCCCUCAGAGCGGAAAACAUUUCACUGGCUCACCAAUUGAACGACCUCCAGCAGAAUCACCGGGCCGUGCUGGCCGAUAAGAAUAAAGUGGAUGAAAAAUGCGAAAAUCUUUGCAAUGAACUAUCGCGUCUCAUUACGGAAAAGGAGCAAAUCAACGAAAACGAUCGUCUAACGCUGAAAAAUGAGAUCAAUCUGUUACAGCAAGCAAAACUGAAGCUGGAGGAGGAAACUAGUGGGUUGAAAAAUCAUAUCAGCUCGUUGGAAGCGCAGCUCGUCGACGUCGACGAACAGAAAACUAAACUUUCCGCAAAACUGCAAUCACUCGAGAAUGAGAUGGAAGAGUCGUCCAACAUUCGGGAACUUUUGGAGCGUGAAGUUCAAGCUCUGAAAACCGAUCUUUGUAAUCUGGAACAACAGUUGAACGAAAAUAACGAGAAGGUUGAGCAUUUCCAGAAGCAAAACAAUCAAUACCAACAGGAACUCAGUCACAAGUCGGAAGAAAUUGAGCGUGCUUGCCAAACGCAGAAAGAUUUGCGAAACUCCAUGAUUCAGCUAGAACAGAAACUGUCUCAGAUCGAUGCCACGAGUCAAAACGAAAGUGAAUGGAUGGAAAAGCUGCAACAAGCCGAAAGUUGUAGGCAGGAGCAAACAUCAGCUUUGGAAAAACUCACGAAUGAAAAAGCCAGUCUGUUGGAAAAAAUUGAAGAAGCAUCGACCGAACGUGACUUUUUGAAGCAAAAAUUGCUGGAAAAAGAUGCAUUCCUAGAACAGGCUUACCAACAGAUAACGUCGUUGGAAAGUCAAGCAACCGAUUUAUCUGCCAAGCUGGGACAAGCGGAAUCGAGUUUGAUCGAAGUGAAACAGUUAAAGGAGGACUUGAAUGCUUUGGAGAAAGCCAAAAAUGCCGCCCAGGAACAGGCCCAGCAAGAAUCUACCGCGAAAAGUUCAUUGAUGCAACAAAUGGUGUCAAAAGAUGAGCAAAUUGAAGAAGCUACUCGUCGUGUGGCUUCUCUGGAAAAUCAAGUGUCCGAUUUGAAAUUGGAAAUGGAACAGAUGGAACUAAAUCAACUGGAAACCACUCACACGAAAGAACAUUUAGAACAGGAAGUCAGUGUACUAAAAUCGUUACUCGAUGCAAAGCAGAAAGAUUGCUCUGAAAGUGUAAUCACGAUAGCUAACCAGAAAGAAAACAUAUCGGAGCUUGAGUACACCGUAAAAAAUCUCAGCCAGCAGCUUACCGAAAAGGAGUCUGAAUUCGUUUCCAAGUACACGAAUGAAUCCACGCAGCUGGAGGCCCUACGAAAACAAAUUUCCAAUCUCAUUGCACAGUUAGAAACUGAAAAACAUGCGCAUCAAACCGAUCUUUCUCGGGAAAAGAAUUCUUCCAGUAAACUACAACUUUACAUAGAAGAAAUAGAGCAGGUUAAAUUAACCUUACAAGGUGAAAAGGGGAUCUUGGAAGAAAAUUAUAAAGAUCUUCAGAAUACACAUACCAAUCUGGUCGAAAAAUUUCAAUUACUGGAACAGUCCAAUAUUCAGUUGGACGCACAGCUUGUCAAUCUGAACGCCGAACUGAUCAUUCGCGAGGAAAAGUUGAAAAGUAUUACACGAGAGCUGGCUAGUAAACUAACCGAUCUCGACAAACUGAAACUGGAUCACUAUCACAAAACCGAAGAAAUCAAUGAAGCUCUGACGAAGAGCACCCAGCUUAACUAUGAUAUGGGCCAACAGAUAAAGAGUCUCGAGCAGGAGAAGCUACUGCUGCAAGAUCAACUAAAACGGGAACAAUCUAAGGUGAUUAGUCUGACGGAGUCUGAGGUUCCCUCGCUGCGGUCGACUAUCGAACAGCUGGAGAAUCGCCAGCAAGAGCUUAGUGCAAAAUUGUCAGCCCAAACCGAAGAUUUGUCUAACCAGACCCUUGAACUGAAACGACUGACGGAGCUUUAUAACCAAGAAAAAACGAACAGUUCACAAUUGGCACAGCAACUCGAAGAAGCAAAACUAAUGCCAGCAUUACAACCCGACGGUCGACCCUCUCUGGGCGAUGGGAAAGUUGCCCAAGCGCUCCGGAAGGAAAACGAUGAUCUGCUAAAGCAGUUGAAUGAACUGCAGAAAACGCAUCAGUUCAAAACUAACCAAUUUCAAGAGAGAAUCGAUGAGCUUAAGGAAGAACUUUCUACUAUGCGGCACAAUUCGAGUUUCCAGGAAAAAGAAACACAAAUCGUUGCACUCGAGGGAAAAAUCAAUCACUAUGAGCAGGUGUAUGAAGAGACCAAGAACAAACAUCGAUCGCUUCAGCGACAGAACGAUGAGCUGCGGGUAAAACAUCAGAACCUGGUAAUGGAAAUGGACGAUUUGCGCAGACUGGCGGACAGGGAUCGAAGAUCUAGGCGGCAGAGUACGCAUGACGAUCGUCGUGGCAUGUGCUUCAACACUAGAGAUGGAACCACCAUGACUGACCCUACAUCUACCGAUUGCAGCUGUCUGGAAAUGGAUGCUCUAAUCAAGGACCUACGAAAACAGUUGACCAUCAAAGAAUGUCAACUGAACACAACGAAAAUGAUGGCUUCGGUUAACCCAUUGAAAAAUGACGUAAUUGAGCUACGUCGGUUGGUGAAGGAUCGUGAGAGCGAUAUUUUCAAGCUUCAGGAUGAGAUCCGUACACUUUCGGUUGCUUUGGAUCGAGAACAAAAGCAAAUUGAUAAACAAUGCAGUACCUGUGUGCGAACGCAACGGAUGCGUUCACUUCGAAGCGACAAAGCAGUCAACACAGAUCUGUGUGAAAGUACGCAUACGACUCCUUCGAACCAUGCCAAGCAGUUGGAAGAAACACAAGAAGAACUUCGGAAAUUAAACAGCAAGUAUCAAGAUAUGAAACGACUGUGCAGAAUCAGAAACGAGAAAAUUGUCAGUUUGAGUCAAGAUAUUGCUGAGAAAGAAAACGGAAGUGGCGCUGCAAACCGAAAUUUCCAGCAGGAAGUUUCUUUGCUGAAACAUCAACUAAAAGAAAGCGAAGAUAAGUACUCACAGGUUCUAAACACGUACCAAAAUAAGCAAUGUGCCAACAAGGUUGAGAAAACAGUACAAACUGAUGCGGCAAAAAAUGAUGAAGUUGAAAUGCUUCGUUCGAAGUACGAGAAAUAUAAAAAUAUGGCAAUCUCACUUCUGGAGCAAAACGAAGAACUGAAGCGGAAGACAAAGUUUAAAUAAAAUUAGUAGUCUGUCGCAUUUUCAAAAAAAAAAAAAAAACAAACGACUGAUCAUAUAAGAAGCGUACUUUCGAAUGUGAUAUUUUACGAAUCAAGUCAUUUAUAAUCGUAAUACUUUCAUCCGCAUCAAAACGGUUGUAAUUUCUGUGCUAUUUAGUAAAUAAUCGCAGGUAUCAUAUGGUGGUACUAAUUUCAUAUCUUUUCAACCAGUCAUUUAAACGAAGAUAAACUAUUAUUAUUAUUAUUAUUAUGAAAUCCAUAUAUGUUUAAUUAAAUGUACAUUAUUGUGUAGUUUUUAUAACGAAUCUCACACUCCGUUUCACCUGGGGAU